AUGACGAAGCGCACGAAGAAGGUCGGAAUCACCGGUAAAUACGGUACCCGCUACGGUGCUUCCCUGCGUAAGCAGGUCAAGAAGAUCGAAAUCUCGCAGCACGCCCGUUACACUUGCACAUUCUGCGGAAAGGUGACUGUCAAGCGUCAAGCAGUCGGUAUCUGGAACUGCCGAUCAUGUGGAAAGACUGUCGCUGGAGGCGCAUACGUCGUGUCGACACCCGCUGCUGCUGCCACCCGCUCUACCAUCAGACGUCUGCGCGAGAUUGCUGAGGUUUAG